GAAAAAGUUACUCCGUAGUAAUUUCUUAUGAUUCAUCCUUCCCCUUUGUCUCUUGUACUUUCCGCCAUUUUUAGGGUUUAUAAGCACCCCUUUUUACGCCCGAAUUCGCGCACCCAGUUUCUGAAGAAGAGAAAUGGAGACAUCGCUCAGAUGCUACGCAGGUUCCAAGUCAAUCAAGCUUCACGCUAAGGAGAGAUUCGUUCUCGACUCUUCUACUCAUUUGAAGGUUCAUGGAGAAUUAGACACAGGGACUGGAGCUCCGAGUCACUUUAGUACAAUGAUAAGCCACUUCUAUCUGAAUGUAUCUUCUUCACUCGGUGUAGGAUUGCUGUAUGACAAGAAAGAUACUCUCCGGUACAGUGUACAUGUGAAGAAAUCAUUUAGUGUUACUGCUGAUCCGCGCGUUAACUUUCAAAUUAAGGGGAGAUGUGAUGUGGAUCAAGGAUUUGAACAGAGGAAAUCAAGUGGAAAAGCUGAAUUCAUUUGGGAUAUUGUGAGCUUCAAUAAAGACCAAGAUGUGCGGAUCAAAAUUGGAUAUGAAGCCUUUGAGAAGGUUCCGUAUGUGCAGAUCAGAGAAAACAAUUGGACAGUGAAUGCUGAUCUUGUCGGGAGGUGGAAUGUGAGGUAUGCGUUAUGAGUAGAGAUAUUACUAUCAUUUGCCAGAUAAAUUGUGAGACAGACAUGUACACUAUGAAUGCUGUCCAAACUUAUAUGAAGAAUCACUUGUGAAAACAUGACACACUAAGGCCAUUUUCAUGAAGCGGCAGUAAUUUUUAUAAGUUUAUGGUUUUGUUUGGUAACGUUUAUUUAAAUAAGGGUGCGUUUGGUGA